AUGAUCACGCGAUCGAAUUUGGCGGAGCAGCUGAGAGAAUAUCAGAUUCGAUCUAAGCACAAUUGGGCUUCGCUUUCCUUUUUCUCCUCCACCUCCAAGUCCGCCUCUUCUAGGGUUGACGUCGCCAUUUUUGUCAUAUGGGAACUUGUGAUUUUGGCAUUUCUCGUUUUCUCAGGCAUUUCAUUGUAUUUUAGGAAGUUGAAGCUCACAAUAAUCUUGUUAUGUAUUUCGGUGUUGUUGCUUUUAUUCAUGAGGAUUACGAAGCAAGUUAGAUUGGCUCGGAAGAAGAAACGAAGGAUGCUACUUCCUUUAUCUAUGUAG